AUGUGCUACCUUUUGCCUCAACCAGGUGGUCAUGAUAUCUACCGCCCCCCACAAACUGUUCGACAGCAUGUGUUUGUGAGAGAAGAAUUCCGUUAUUUGAACGUCUCCAGAAUUGGAUUCUACACAUUGGAUGAUAGCAUUGACUGUGCAUUUAAUUGCCUUAGUCAUACGUCAUGUUUUUCUGUGAACCUGGCCGCGUCUAGAGGAAUCGAAGGAAAGUUUUGGUGCGAGCUUCUCUCUUCUGACAAAUACAGAAACUCCACUGAACUCCUUGGAAACAAGAGCUCCCAUCAUUUCGUCAUUAAGGUUACAGAUAUUCUUUAGGGAUUGUAAAUGUGUACUGUUAUGUACUUAAGAGGCCUAAAGCCUCGCUGUAAGGCCUGAGCUAACGAGGGGAGGGUAAUUUGAAACCUUACUCUUUACUCUAUCGCAUGACAGGACUGUAUAUCCUUUGUUUAGCAGUAGGCUCUAUUAUAAGUGAAAUUUUAUUUAAAACAGACCCUCGUGUUAUCAUUGUUCAACUAUUAAGUGUUUCUUCUUCUCCUCAGUCUCCCUGUUCUUCCUCGCCAUGCAAAAAUGGAGGGAUCUGUGUACCAAGUGACAAAAAUGGCAUCUUUGAAUGCCUCUGCAAGAAAGGCUUCAUUGGAGAAUUCUGCGAGAAAGGUUAGAUGUUACUUGCAAUUGCCAGGUUGGAUUAGCAUUUAUUUGCGUAAAAUUUGGCUCUCUAUCCAGGGAUUGCCUUGCCCCAAGAGCAGUUUGCUUUUAGUAUAUUAACGACAACGUAGCCAACUGAGUGAUCAUUGCGUUGGUCCUACAAUUGACCUCUUUCCUAACUGAAAUUUAUCAAAGGCUUCCUCUGACGAACCCGUUUGAUGCAGCACUGUACAUCCCCUGUAGGGAAUGGAUAUUCACUAUCACUUCAGUUGAUAAUUGUUAAUUACUUCAACGGUGUCAGGCGAAUAAGAGUUGAGGAUUUAAAGAAAACUUCUACCCUUGCUGCAUGCCGGAGACAUCAUUUGUAACACGCAAUUCUUUAAUUCAUACUUAGACUUCAAGUCCUGUAAAGAUGCGUACAAUUCAUACAAGUAAGUUUGAAACUUGUUUUAUAUGAAUGAAGAGGGAAAAACUCGAUAUUUAAUUCAAUCUUUAACUUUAGAUUGAGAUGCAUUCGGUGAUAAAGUUAAAUUCUCUCUUUAGACACUAAAAGGGCGAAUUAAGAAUUUAAAAAAAGGCUUAUCUGUUGAGUUUACAUCAGAAGUAAUCUUCUCCUAUCAGUUUCCAAACUAAUUUCAUUCAACGAAAUAUUCAGGGUUUAAUCUUGUCAUUUUUAAUUCGUGAAACUUAACAUCAAUUAAAGAAUUAUUGGAUUAAUAGAUUUUAGAGUAAUAAAAAUUAAUGUAAUUGUUAAAACUGAUCGGGUUCCCCGAACAGGUCGAACGCCAGCGAGUUGGUUACCUUACACUUUGGCUCGAAUACAACUUCCGUUCUCUGUCAAAUGGGAGAUUUUGGAUGUGGAGAUGGUGGAUGGACACCAGUUAUGAAGAUUGAUGGCAACAAGGUAGGUUGUUACCUUUUGUUUUGAAAAUUUUCCUUCAAAGGAUCUGCAGAUAAAUACAUCACCAAAAUACAUCAUCAAAAUACAUAAUAUGAAGUAUAGAAUUCAAGUAUCUCUAACCACAGAUGUCUCACUUAUUUAUCUCGAACAAACGCUUGUACUUUUUCUCAUACCCCUAACUUUUAAAGCCUGACUCGAGCUUCGUUCCACAGCAAAAUAUUUUGGUUUUCGCGACGAAGAAUCAUAGCGGAGUAUGUAAUAUUGCGCAGAUGCGUUGCAGGUCAGGUCAAAUAUUCUUCUACUUUUCUUUCUUUUCCCCCUAAAAAUAAAAAAAGAGGCGGUUUAAACGGGAAAUUUUGACAGGCGCAAUCGAUUCUGAAUCACAAUACACAAUGUUCAUGCUUGCUAUUUUUGAUGCUUAUCUUUGUAUGAGAUGGAUUAUUUACUCUUAUGCAAUUAUAUCGCAGAACACUUUUCUGUUCAGUUCAGGAUACUGGACUGACAAAAGCGAAUACAACCCGUCUGGUGCAACGACUGGCUUCGAUUCACAAGAGACCAAAUUACAGACGUACUGGAACACACCCUUUUCCAAGGUCUGCCUCGGUAUGAAGGUUAACGGACAAUUGAGGUUCACCGUUAUCAACAGCCAGGCUUCCUCUCUUCACUCUCUGAUUGCUGAUGGUCAGUAUCGGCCUACUUCACUGGGUCGGUACAAGUGGAUAGCGCUGACUGAUUCAAGGGCUAGACUUCAGCCUAACUGCAACCAGGAAGGAUUCAAUACCAAGGCCAAUCGCAAAGCAAGAGUUGGAAUCCUUGGGAACAACGAAAACGACUGCCGUACAUGUGAUUCUGUAAUAGGGUUUGGUGUUGACACCACAGCUUGCGGUGAUCGUUCUUCCAUUAGAGCCAUGUGCUACAUCUUGGUUCAGUGA